AAAAGAGAACCGGUCUAAGAGGUAAUCGUUCCCACUCUAUAAACCGUUCUCCAUCUCUUCAGUUCACCGUAAGAGUUUCUUCCAUUUCUCUUUCCGUGACCGGUAGAACCUCGUUGCCGCUCGUUCUUCCCGAUUCACUGUCGUUGUUGCCUAUAUUCGUGAUCGACCCGCCGUGUCAGCUGAUCAAGAUGUUGCUGAUUCAGCCGUCAGAGGAGAUGUCGAAACAGAUUCGCGAGGAGUUGAACGAGAACGUAACGACACGCGACAAAGACGUCGAAAUCAUCAAAGAAUGGCUAUCCAAACAACCACAUUUGCCCAAGUUCGAUGACGAUCAAAGGAUAAUGACGUUCCUGCGAGGCUGUAAGUUCUCCUUGGAAAAGUGCAAAAGAAAGUUGGACAUGUAUUUUACGAUGAGAACAGCGAUCCCCGAGUUUUUCGCUGACCGAGACAUUACGAGGCCAGAACUGAGGGAAAUCAGCAAACUGAUACAAAUCCCACCGUUGCCCGGUCUGACGAAAAACGGUCGUCGCGUGAUCAUCAUGCGGGGAAUCGACAAGGAAAUACCUACCCCGAACAUAACGGAGGCGAUGAAGAUGGUGAUGAUGAUCGGUGACAUUCGUUUGAAAGAAGAACUCGUCGGUGUCGCUGGCGACGUUUAUAUCCUGGAUGCCAGCGUAGCGACGCCGGCUCAUUUCGCUAAAUUCACGCCUACGGUCGUGAAGAAAUUCCUGGUUUGCGUGCAAGAAGCAUACCCGGUGAAGCUGAAGGAGGUGCACGUCGUGAACGUCAGCCCGCUCGUGGACACUAUCGUGAACUUCGUGAAGCCGUUCAUCAAGGAGAAGAUCCGCAACAGGAUCUUCAUGCACAGCAACCUGGAAACAUUGUACGAUUACAUACCCCAGGAAAUAUUGCCGAAGGAGUACGGCGGUGACGCAGGACCAAUUCAGGAUAUCCAUGAUACCUGGAUGAAGAAGCUGGAAGAGUACGGGCCGUGGUUCAAAGAACAGGAAUCUGUAAAAUCGAACGAAGCUCUUCGACCUGGGAAACCAAAAACACAAGACGAUCUGUUCGGCCUCGACGGAUCGUUUCGACAAUUGUCCAUCGAUUAAGAUUUAAGAACGUACCUGGCGGAAAAUUGUGUAAUCUUAAGCAAUUCUCAUUUUGGUGCUAACACCAAGAAUAUUUGGUAUAAAUUAGAUGUGUUGUACAUUUUUAGAUCUUUAAAAAACUUGUUUACGAUAUAUUAUAUAUAUUUUGUCCAUUAUAUAUAUAUUUUAGAGUAGUUGAUUUCAGUAUCAAACUAUGUAUUUAUCUUUUUAUACAUCGAUCGUGAAGAGCUUUUAAUUGAAAAUACUAGAUAGUAAUAUAUUACUGAAAAUCG